AUGGCAACACUACGCCAUCAAACCCUCCCUUCACCAACCCACAACCUACAGGCUCCGGGCCCUUCCCGGCCAAGGCUCGUCUCAGCUUCAGCCCUUGCGAGCACUGAGAAGCGACGUCGGGACUUUGUGCGAAGCUUGGGCCCAUGUCCAAGCGGAUGCGAGGAUCUGGAUGCAUAUGUGCUCCUAGGAGGAUUUGAGCGUGGGAGCGUUGUUGGGAUAAGCGCCGAGGACGAGGACGGUGUGGGCGUGACGCUGGGGCUACAAGUGUUGGUGUGUUCUCUCCUAGACAAAGCGGUUCAAAAAGUCCAGAUUGUGACGCCCAAGCCUCCCAGCACCAUCGUCGUAUUACUCAAGAACAGCAUCACGGCUGAGCUCAAGGCAAGAGGCAUCACGGCUCCUGGUGAGAUUGCGGCACAGGGGAAAGAGUGUCUGGACAGAAUCUUGCUUUCACGCGUCUUUGACAUGGAUGGACUGUGCGAGGUGCUGGCGGACUUGGACAAUGCCGUUGCUCCUAGGGCUGAGGAGCAUGUCCUGCACAAACAGGAAGGGGAUAACGCACAGCCAACAGAGGAGAAGACGACCAAGACACAGGCUAAGGCCGAUGAUGCUCCUAGAGACUUGGUGGAUGAUGAGUCGCAGAGCCCGUCUGUCGUUGCUGAGAUUCAGGACAGCCAAGAUGAAGAUGAAGCGUUGUCUCCAUCACAGCCCUUGGAGACACCACAUCAGCCCGAGGCGCCGCAUAAAGUACAAGGGAGCGAGGCAGCUACUUCUGACGAGAAAUCAAACCAAGAUUCAUCUAGCAUUACCAACACUGCUGCUGCUGCAACUGCUAACAACAGCAACUCAACAUCGAUAACCCCCGACAUUAUCCUUAUCACCCACUUCUCCUCCCUCCUCACCAGCUUCUUCACACAGCGAGACAACUCAGUCGCCCACGCAACCCUCCGCCUCCUCGCCUCCCGCCUGCGCCGCCUCUCCAGAACACUCCCCUCCAACCCUCUCAUACUGCUCAUCAACUCCACCGACUCCGGCGCCGCGUCAUCUGCAACAACAACUACAGCAGCAACAGCAGCAACAGCAGCCCAUUCUCCAGAACAUGACAUCCCGCCGCCAGGCCAACCAGCCACCCAGAAACCUUCCGUCGACCCAACUCUCCGGUCGAUUUUCAAUCCGGCUUCCGAUGCCUCGGGACAUGGACAUGCCGGCGGGUAUAAGCCCAAUAAGCCAACCUUUGGCCUCGUCUUCACACAGCUGCUCGACAUGCAUCUCCUCUGCACGCGUGCUCCUCGCCCCGGUAAGACGUCUUUACCGCGUUCACUGACGGUCGUCGAGGUGCUGUUGGAUGACAUUGGCGUGUGGGAAGAUAAAAGGGGUCUUAGAAGGAGAAGGGAGGAACGUUGGACCGUCGUGGCCCCUUAUAAUGGCCGCAUUAUCAACGCGUCCGACGGUAAGAAGCUGAUAGGUAAAGAAUGA